CCGCCACACAUGGAGUGGACUCCAACUCCGUUCAACCUGUUAGAAGGUAAUCCCUUCCAAUAUUCGGACCACGCCAUUUCUACUACAUCAGGAACGGAAGCCUUCGACACAGGGAUCUGGAUACGGGAUGCGGACUUGUGUGUCAUUUGUGGUGUAUCCGAACGACGGGCUUUGCAUUACUCCCACAUAAUCCCGGGGAAACUGAUCAUGGUACAGUGGCAGGAAAUGAAGGACAAUGGUUUCGUGCCGGCAGCGGCAAAGAGUGUGGAGCAUGAGGCGCGAAACGGUAUUCGGCUGUGCAUGACCCAC